AUGGACUUCAUCAUACCUGUGCUGGAUAAGUUAGAUCCAAGUAUUGCCCAACCUGUCGUGUUCACUAUGCUCCAAAAUAUGGGGCAAUUCCAUGGGUUGUUGAUGGAAGACCCACACAAGCACCUUAGAAAUUUCAUAGAAGUGGCCAACACUUUUAGGAAUCCUAAAAUCUCGGAUGAUGUGCUGAGAUUGAAGCUCUUCCCUCAUUCACUGGCUGAUAAAGCCAAAGAGUGGUUGAACUCCCUUCCAUCCAACUCCAUAACUAAUUGGCACACACUAGCUGAGAAAUUUAUCAUGAAAUUUUUCCCAUCCAACAAGAUAGUGCAAACUAGAUGUGAUAUCACCAACUUCAUGCAGAAGGAUGGUGAGACCUUAGUGGAUGUGUGGGAGAGGUUUAAAAUCCUUCUUAAGCAAUGCCCCAACCAUGGUUUGCCCUCUUGGGCAGUGUUACAGACCCUUUACAAUAGCCUGAAUACUCAAAACAGAGCCUUAGCAAAUUCUACUGCUAAUGGCAUGUUUAUGUCCAUGUCCUUUAAUCAAGCCUAUGAGUUGUUGGAACAAAUGACUCAAAAUUAUGCCCAAUGGCCUGAAGAGAGAAAUCAGUCAAGGAGAGUGACUGGUUUGCAUGAGGUAGAUCCUGUAAGAACCCUUUCAGCCAAGUUUGAUGCACUGCCCACUUUAGUAAAAACCCAAGGACAAGCCAUUGAGGCAAGGUUGUCUCAGCCUCAAGUUCCAAUACCCCAACCUCAAGUCAAUGCUGUGAACACAGAGGCUUUGUUGAGGGAGUAUUUGGUUAAGAAUGAGACUAAGCAAAACAGCUUGGAAGCUAUUGUGCAAAGUAUUCCUGCAUCUUUGAGGAAUUUAGAAUCCCAACUAAGCUGUUUAGCAAAUACUUUGAAUAGCAGACCACCUGGUACUUUGCCUAGUAACACUGAAGAGCCUAGGAGGAAUAAUGAGCAAUGUCACAUGAUAGAGCUUAGGAAUGGCAGAUCUGUGAAUCAGCCAGAACCUGUGCCACAUGUUGUCCAUGACAGCCCCCAAGGGGCUGCAAAUAGUGAUCAUCUGCUUGUUCUGGUUGAACCAGAAAUUCAGACCCCAAUAAACCCAUCUUUAGGGAAUAUUUCUAUGGAAAAAUCCAUUCCAAAGGGUCAAACAUCUAAACCAAGUAGUGAGACACCUGUUGUCUCUAAUAGACCUCCACCACCAUUUCCUCAAAGGCUUCAAAAGCAGAAGCAAGAUAACCAAUUUAGGAAAUUCCUUGACCUCUUAAAACAACUUCACAUCAAUAUUCCAUUUGUAGAUGCAUUAGAGCAGAUGCCCACUUAUGUGAAGUUCAUGAAAGAGAUACUUUUUAGGAAGAGGAGGUUGGAAGAGUUUGAAACAGUGGCUCUUACUCAAGAGAGUAGCAAAUACUUGCUGAGCAAGUUGCCUCCCAAAUUAGAAGACCCAGGCAGUUUUACAAUCCUUUGCACCAUAGGUGACCAUUACAUAGGCAGAGCACUAUGUGACUUAGGUGUUAGCAUUAAUUUGAUGCCCAUGAGUGUCAUUAAGAAGCUCAAAGUAGGAGAGCCUAGCCCCACAAUUGUCACUUUACAAUUGGCAGAAAAGUCCCUAGUAUAUCCUGAAGGUAAAUUGGAAAAUAUUUUAGUCAAGGUAGAUAAAUUUAUUCUACUUGCUGACUUCAUAAUUUUAGAUUAUGAGGAGGAUAGGGAGGUGCCAAUAAUCUUGGGGAGAGCAUUUUUAGCCACAGGUGGGGUUGUAAUACAUGUGAAAGAAGGUGAAUUGACCAUGAAUGUAAAUGGUGAGCAAAUUAAGUUUAAUAUCUUAAAAUCCAUGAAGUACCCAAGAGAAAUGGAAGAGUGUUCUAGGAUAGAUGUGAUUGAUGUUGCUGUCUAG